UCCCAAACCAAUUGCAUAAUAGGCGUAAUGUCCUUACACCUACGAUUCAACUUAACUUCCUGAAAAUCGUUGCUAUUUUGGGAAAAAGUAUUUCCAUAUUAAUUAUCGUUAACGCUCGAUUAUCAUUUCCUUCACUGCACUGGUACAAAUCAAAUGAAAAACACAAUAUAUUGCGAUAGUCGACAAAUGGCGCAAAACGGACGCUUAUUGUGUUUCGAAGCACACUACUAAAAUUUGCGGACGUAGUAGUGCCUAACAGUAAAUGCAAUGUCGAGCCUGUUUUAAUGGUUAACUUCCUUACAAAUCGGUUCAGUACGGCUCGGUUCACUGACAAUGAUAGGCAUAAUAGUGAUUGUGGUGUGUUUAGCUUUGUUGCUUAGAAUUUACCUCUAUCGGAGGCGCUUUCUGACUGCUAUGGAAACUAUACCAGGCUCCAGAGGGCUUCCCUUUCUGGGCAACGUGAUUGAGCUAUUGUUAUGUGAUACAACGGAUCUACACGAAAAGCUUGACGCAUGGACCAAACAGUAUGGCACCCGAAUAAAGAUCGACUUGUUCACCAAAUUUUGGAUCGUGCAUAGUUCUCCUGAAGAUAUGGAGACAAUCGCCACAAACAACAGCUUCAAUCGCAAAUCGGAGGAAUACGACACUUUACUGGAAUGGCUGGGCAGGGGAAUCCUUCUAGAUCAUGGUUUAAAUUGGUUUGCCAACAGGAAAGCUUUGACGAAUGCCUUUCAUUUCAAAGUACUGGAGAAUUUUAUCCCAACAUCCCAGGAACAGUCGGAGAUUUUGGUUGAAAAGUUGUUGAGUUAUGGAGGUCAGACGAUCGAUAUCUUACCCAUCAUGAAGUUGUAUACGCUGGAUGUGAUUCUGGAAACUGCGAUGGGUGUCACGUGCGGUGCACAGAUGAACGACUCCGACUACGUACGGGCGGUAGCUGGUUUAAGUCACAUCACGUACUGGCGAAUGUUCAAUUUGCUUGGUUUCUCCGAUGCAACGUUCAGAUUCACCAAGCAUUAUCAACCCUAUCGUAAAAUGUUAAAAAUUAGCAACGAUUUCACAAGGGAGGUUAUAACCCGAAGGCGCCUGGAACUUUAUAAUAAUAGAUCAGAGAGUGAGAUGAAUAGUGUCAAUGAGGAUCGUAAGAAAAGAGUUGCCCUACUGGACAAAUUGCUUGAAAUGGAAGUGAACGGCAGGAAAUUGAACGAUGAAGAGAUUAGGAGCCAAGUUAAUAAUUUCAUGUUCGCGGGUCACGACACGACCUCUAGUGCCCUGACAUUUAUAACAUACUUACUGGCAAAGCAUCCAGAUGUGCAGGAGAAACUUCACCAAGAAAUCUCAACCGUACUUGGAGGCACGACAAUCCCAUCACUCACAUCAAGCAUUUUGAACCAACUCAAGUAUAUGGAUUCCGUAAUCAAAGAAUCUCUUAGAAUCUACUCACCGGUCCCAUACUUUUCGCGAACGAUCGACAAAGAAACGGAACUGUCCGGUGUGCGUUACCCGGCAGGCACGACAAUCACUUGUGGGGUUUAUUUCAUGCAUCGAAAUCCCGCAUACUUUCCGGAACCGUUGAGUUUCAAGCCGGAACGAUUCGAUACCGCCAUGAAUCAGGAGCGAAGGAAUCCCUAUGUUUAUAUCCCGUUCAGUGCCGGUAGUCGGAACUGUAUCGGUCAAAAGUUUGCGAUGAACGAACUCAAGGUUGCACUUCUCUACGUUGUUCUUCGCUGUCGAGCCGUGCUGGAGAAUCCUAGCUACGAGCCUAGGUUGAAGGCAGAGCUGGUUCUGAAGCCAGUAGGAGGCAUGCCGCUACGGUUUCUACCCAGAACUAAAUAGAAUGGAUACUGAGUCUCCAACGUAUUAUUUUUUCAAUUUGUGUGUUUGAAUUCGGUUAAACAUUAGAUACACCUGAAAUUUGUACGGUUUUCUAUGCAUGUGUUUAGUCUAUAGGUAACCUUUUUUAUUAGCGCGAUAUCUUCUUCCAGGACUGUGUUUUUGGGGGAUAUGGAUCUCGAAGUUUUGUUUAUUUUAAGCGAGGUGAGCUGGUAUUGCUCCCUGAAACAUGGCGGAAAGUGUGAAUUGUAUUUGUGUUAUUAAUCAUUUUUAUUUGUCUUGUCACAUUAAUUGGUUUAGUAAAAGUGAAAAUAUAGACAACUAUUGUGUGCAGAGUAAUAUAACCUGUUACUAUAUGUAGUGUAGGGGGAGGUAUGACUUGACCAACCGAGAGAUUCCAUAAUUACCAAUAAUAUGUUAGAUUUAGUCUCUAUUCGCCUUUCUCGUGAAUAAAGCUGUUCGCUCACGAGGCGACAGGACACACGCCACAAAAAAUA